AAGGCAAGUCUGCGCAGACGCGUCCAGCCAGAGCGGAACAAAGCGCAUCUGUUUACUGUCUAAACCAGAAGUCUAAACUAACCCUAGCGACGUUACUGUAUUUACCGAGUAAUUUCACUGCGAGGACUCAGAAGUUGACUUAACAUCGAUAAACAAUCAACCGGGCUGCUAGCUUACAUACCAUACGAAUGCUACCGAUAGCAAGCUAAAGAUCUUGCGUUAUUUUGGCAAUUGCCCUAAGUUAGUCUAGGUGAAACAUUUGACAGGAGGAUUGAUUUUCCUGGACAAUGGGCUCAUUUGUCUUUUUUGCCCUGCUAUUCCUGGCCUGUGGUCCUGGGGCUUUAUCGUUUAAACUAUUUAGGCAAGAAUGGUCAAUGCUGAUUUUGACUCAUCACUGGCCACAGACAUUUUGCAGUGAGGAACAUUGUGAGACAGAUAUUGGCUACUGGACUUUGCAUGGACUGUGGACAAACAAAGGAUUUACAUGCAAUUCAUCUUGGCACUUCAAUGCAAGUCUAAUAGAGGACUUGAUGCCACAGAUGAGAAAAUGGUGGCCUGACCUCCUUCAUCCCUCUCCCUCUCCAGCCACUGCCUUCUGGAAACAUGAGUGGAUGAAACAUGGAACCUGUGCUGCCCAAUUAGAGAGCAUGGACACGGAACAUAAAUACUUCAGCAAGGCCCUGGAGCUCUACAACAAACUCAACCUUGAUGGCACCCUGAGGGAUCACAACAUUGUGCCAUCAGAAACCUAUUACUCCCUGGACGAUAUUGAAGGAGCCAUCUUAAGUUUUUAUAAAGUGAAGCCAAAGAUCCAGUGUAUCCAUCCAGCAACGGGAGAACAGAUGCAGGUAUUGGGGCAAAUCGAGAUCUGUUUUGACCCAGAGUUUACCUUGGUCGACUGUCACAAGGCUGCAGAGGAUCCCAGGAGCGGCCCUAAUGACAACCUGACCUCUCACCCCUAUGGCGAUACAGGGUUCAAAGUGUGUGACAGGUCCACGAAGGUUUACUACCCUCCCGUAAAUAAGGGAAGCAUUAAGCAUCACAUGAGAGGGUUCCUUUAAGUCUGGGCCCAGUCUCUGCCAUCUAUACUCAAUUAAUACUGUAAAUUGAAAUGACAUCAGCAUACUGUGCAUUUCAGGUGCUCCAACAUGCCAAAUGGCAACAUCAGUUUUUUAAAUUGUGCUGUCUGUGAGCUAAUUAGCAGCAGCAUUUGGGUUAUAUGUAUAAUGGGUAUUAUUAUUCUGAAACUGUCUGCCUUUUAUCAUUUUGGCUUGGCCUUUGACUUAAUGGGACCAACGCAUCACAUUAAAUUCAAUUCAUUUUCACUUUUUAACUUUCAAUGAUGUCAUAAAAUUAAACCACUGUAAACGAGUCAUCGAAUCACGGAUUGGCUCGUUUAUUCAAGUUUAUUCAGUUAUUGGUGGAAGGGGAUAUUCACUGUUGUUAAAAUAUCAGUGGAAGGGGAUAUUUUGACUCUAGAUGAUUUUUUUGUUUGUUUUGCACUCAAUCAUGAUUGUAUAAUUGUGUCAUUUUUACAUUACAUUCUUGCAUUACAUGUAUUCAGCCUUUAAUCUUUUGGACUUGACUUGAAAAACUCUAGGCGAAAACACCCCAAAAAAACAACAACACAUUGCAUGAGCAUUUCCUGUGCAUGAACCUCAAGAUCACAGCAUUUUUCAUUACAAAGUAAAGCCAUGUUUAUAAACUGCGGAAACGUUUCAUGCACUUUGAUUUAGUAAUAUUAUGGAUGGUUUUAGUUCUUAAGUCAUUUUCAGAAUUCUUAGUAUAAAAAGUUUAUAUCUAAUGAAGUUGUAAAAAUUCUUCCUUUUGAAUUUUGUGUAAUUGUGCCCCGUUUUUAAAAAUAAAUUUGUUUUUUGGUGUAAUUAAA